GGGUAGAGCCCAGGGAUGCCCCUGAGAGCAGGUGUGGCUCUUUUGGCCCAGGACGCCCUGCGGAAGAUCAUCACCACGCUCGCCGUGAAGAACGAGGAGAUCCAGAACUUCAUCUACGCCCUCAAGCAGAUGCUGCAGAAUGUGGAGGUAGUGGGGGCCCCCGGCACACCUGGCUCUGUAGGGCUCCCCCUGUUCUGUGGGGCUGGCAUCACAGGCCCCCAUCACCUUCCUGUCUGCCCCCCCAUCCUCCUAUCAUCUCCCUUCCAUGACAGCAGCCCCCCAGCAUGGCAGCGCCCCCUGUUGCCCCCACAACUGCACCAGCAUGCUAUGUCCUUGGCCACGGAAUUUGCUGCGCCCCUGACUGCCCCCUGCCCCACUGCACCACACUGUGUUCUGCUGCAGAACCAGCUGGCCGCCUGCACCAAGGCACUGGAGAGCUCCGAGGAGCUGCUGGAGACGGCCAACCAGACGCUGGAAGGAGCCGAGAACCACGACUUCCACCAGGCUGCCAAGCAGAUCAAGGAUAGCGUGACAAUGGCCCCUGCGUUCCGGCUCUCGCUCAAGGCCAAGGUGAGCGACAACAUGAGCCACCUGAUGGUGGAUUUCGCCCAGGAGCGCCGCAUGCUGCAGUCCCUGAAGUUCCUCCCAGUUCCCAGCGCUCCGGAGAUCGACAUGGCGGAGUCGCUGGUGGCCGACAACUGCGUGACGCUGGCCUGGAGGAUGCCUGAUGAGGACAGCAAGAUCGACCAUUACGUCCUGGAGUACCGCAAGACCAACUUCGAGGGGCCCCCGCGGGUGAAGGAGGACCAGCCCUGGAUGGUGAUCGAGGGCAUCAAGCAGACAGAGUACACCCUAACUGGGCUCAAGUUCGACAUGAAAUGCAUGAAUUUCCGCGUGAAGGCCUGUAACAAGGCAGUGGCAGGGGAGCUUAGUCCAGGUCUGACCGUGCCCAGGGCUCCGUCUCCAGCUUUCAUGUUCCGCCUGGACGCCAGCACUUGUCACCAGAACCUGAAGGUGGAGGAGCUGAGCGUGGAGUGGGACGCCAUGGGGGGCAAGGUGCAGGACAUCAAGGCCCGGGAGAAGGACGGGAAGGGCAGGACGGCGUCUCCGGUAAACUCCCCUGCCAGGUAAACCCCCCCCCCCCCCAGGGGAACCCAAGGCCGGGACGCCCACUGAGAAUGCCCCAUCCCCCCCCAUCCCUCCGCAGGCGACACGCUGAUCGACGGGGGCGACCACUACUGGGAGGUGAGGUACGACCGGGACAGCAAAGCCUUCGGCGUGGGCGUGGCCUAUCGGACCCUGGGCAAGUUCGACCAGCUGGGCAAGACGUCGUCGUCCUGGUGCGUCCACCUCAACAACUGGCUGCAGGUCAGCUUCACCGCCAAGCACAACAACAAGGCCAAGGCCCUGGACGUGCCCGUGCCCGACUGUAUCGGCGUCUACUGCAUCUUCCCCGAAGGUUUCCUGUCCUUCUACAACGCUCGAACCAAGCAGCUGCUCCACACGUUUAAGGCCAGAUUCACCCAGCCGGUGCUUCCUGCCUUCAUGGUUUGGUGCGGCAGCUUCCACGUCUACUCGGGACUGCAGGUGCCCAGCACUGUCAAAUGCCUCCAGAAACGAAACAGCGCCACCAGCAGCUCCCACGGGCACCUGGUGCUGGCAGAAGACAGGACCUUGGGCAAGCAGGACUCGGGCUGGCUGUUCUGGUUCCCGCGGACCGAGGUGGGGGAGGGACCGAGGAGCACCCCAGAGUCCUGGGGAGCAGCGACAGGCCCCGAGAACGUUCCACAUGCUCGGCUCUGA